UUGUAUUGCUUUAAUACUGCUAUCCCUACAUAGUGCUGGCACACUCUCAGAUAUGUCCUCAAGAGAAAAAACUAAAAGAUCUUCAAAUGAAAACAGCAGUAAAUCAGAAAUUAAUAGAAACUGGUGAGCGAGAAAGAUUAAGGGAACUGCUUCGAACACGCCUCAUUGAAUGUGGGUGGAAAGAUCAAAUGAAAGCCUAUUGUAAAGAUAUUGUUAAAGAGAAAGGUGUUGAAAAUGUUACUGUGGAUGAUCUUGUUGCAGAAAUCACCCCAAAGGGAAGAGCUUUGGUCCCAGAUGCAGUGAAGAGAGAACUUUUGCAAAGAAUAAGAACAUUCCUGGCUCAGCAGACAAAGAUCUGAAACAACAAUAUUGAUUAUAAUGUACAGAAUUAUUUUCAGGUUCCAUUGAUUGAUUGUUUUAUUAAUUUUUGGCACAUUUCAGACUUCAAUUUAUUCAUCACAUCAAACAUUACAUGAGAAAAUUGUUUUAAGCAUAUAAGAUAUUACAAUAUUAAAGUUAUUUCUCAAUGCAGUACAUUCACAUUUGUUAUAAUAAAGCGUUCAUUGUGAAA